AUGUCCAACACGACCUCGGCCCCUCAGAACGCGGUUACAGAUGGUACACUGUACGCCGUCGCAGACUUUUGCCUGAUCCCCAUGGGACUUCCAACCCCGUCGGUUGGACCCCAGAUUGCUGAGUGUCAGCGAGUCCUGGAGAAGAGCGGACUGGAAUACAAGGUCUUCAGUAGGCACACGCCGUUUACGCAUCACCCUAACGCCAAUAGUGGAUACGGAACGAACCUUGAAGGCCCUUGGGACAAGGUGAUGGAGACGGACAUCCGCAUUGGCACCAGGACUGACAGGGCGAUUGUUGCCGGCGGUAACGAGGGCAAAGUGAAGCGCGUGGAGGAGAUCCUCUCCUCGGACAAGUAG